AUGGCCGACCUUAAAACAUGGGCAGCUCCUCGACUCUCUGAGCUUCUUCCGCUAGAUCCAGAGUCUCUUUCUCAGGUUAUCGACUACGCCGUCAGCCUCUCCAGGGAAGCAUGUGCAGAUCACCUCAAAAAUCUCCUUGGCGAUUCACCAGCGGCCUUGGAAUUUAUCUCUUCGUUUAAUUCACGACGAGAACCUCAGCGCCCACCCCCGAACACCUCACAAAGCCGAGAUGCAACGAGGUCAGGCGGAGGAGCCAAGAAGGGCAAAAAGAAGGCUCCGCUACACAGCGCCGGCCCACCACGGCGACCCGAUAACUACGGCGAUGUAGGAGGUGGCUACAAAAAAGCCGAGGAGGAAGACUAUAUGUCCUCUCGCAAACCAAAUGCUUCAAAUCUUGCAGCAUCUCAGCCUGGUUCCUCGUUCUCGUCGCGCAUUCCGUCACGCAAUCCCUCGCCCUUACCCGCCUCGACCCCGAAGCCACCGCCAUCCGCAAGCGGCCCCACGAUCUCCGACAUGUUACCAAACGUGCGGUCAAAGACGAGCAAGUCAACCCGACAGGGUACCGGGGCAGGAUCAUCUUCCAAGGGUGGCGCGUCUCUCACAACCAACGAUAUCUCUGAUCUCACCGCGGCGAUUGCCGCGUUGGAGGUAUCAACAAAUCCGAGUUUGGGAGAGAGGCGCAAAUGCACUUGUUAUGGGGCCCUGCAUCCCGUGUUUGAGGCGGCCCCCAAUUGUCUCAACUGCGGAAAAAUUAUCUGCUCACUUGAGGGCUUACAACCAUGCUCAUUCUGCGGCACACCACUCCUCUCUGCCGAAGAAGUUCAAGGUAUGAUCCGGGAACUAAGGGCGGAGCGAGGACAAGAGAAGAUGCGCGUUCACAAUGAAGGCGUUCAUCAUGAAGGGGGACCUAGACCUACCCCGGGAUCCGAACCCACCAAGCUGGACGCCGCAAGAGCACACCGAGACAAGCUACUUCAAUUCCAGGCCCAGAACGCCCGUCGGACCAAGGUUGUCGAUGAAACAGCUGACUUCGAGACACCGAAUAUCGCAUCAACCUUGUGGAUGACGCCCACACAACGAGCACUGGCGCUCAAGAAGCAGCAGCGUAUUCAACGUGAGAUGGAUGAGAAAGCUCGUCCUGAGUGGGAGAAGAAAAAGACUGUGAUGAGCCUUGAUAUUAAGGGUGGCAAGGUUCGCCGAGUCUAUCAUUCCGCGCCGGCAGAACCAACCCCAGAAACCAGUGAGCCUGACACUGUUGAUGAAGGAGGUGCAGAGGACCGCCCGCGAGGGGAACAUUCUUUCAGCCGCAACCCUCUCCUCGCGGCUGGCGGUCUUAUGCGACCUGUCUGGCGUGCCCCAGAGGGCAAGAAAGUGGAAGAAAAUGCGCAAACCGAAAAGAAACAGACCUGGAGACGUGUGCAAGAUGAUAACGAUGACAACGAGCAGUGGAUUCUAGACGGAGGACUACACGGACAUACCACUUCAACAUAA